CUGUAGAACCGCGUUUGGGCGCACCGCAUGCAAUUUUCGCAACCCAGAGCGCCAAUUUUGCUUCAUCAAACAUGGAUUCUGAGCUUGACUUUACGGGUGCCAGCAUCGAGGAACUGCGUCACGCCGACGAUGACUCGCGCGGAGCCAACCCGGCCCAGGCGCGGCGCUACCAGCCGCCCCAGGCGCCCAGCAUCCAGCUUCCCAACCAGGACGCAGAGUACGUGAACCACAUCGCCAUCGACAUCGGCGGCUCCCUGAUUAAGCUCGUGUACUUCUCGCCUGAUCGCGACGAGGCGGCCCGCGACGGCAACGGCGGCGGCUCGGAGGGCAGCGGCAGCGGCUACUCGCCCUCGUCCUCGCCGGAGCCGGGUGGCAAUGGGCUGCUGUCGCAGUCAGCGCGGUCGCUGGGGCAGCAGACCACACAGCGAGGAGGCAAGCUGCACUUCUGCAAGUUUGAGACCAGCCGUGUGGAGGAGGCGAUCAGCUUCAUCGAGGCCAAGGGGCUGCACCGCUGCAGCGGGCGGCACGGGACCAAAGAGAUGCGGGUCAAGGCCACGGGCGGCGGCGCGUUCAAGUACGCGGACGUGUUCAAGGAGCGGCUGGGCGUGGUGCUGGAGAAGGAGGACGAGAUGGGCUGCCUGGUGUCGGGCUGCAACUUCCUGCUCAAGGCCAUCCACCACGAGGCCUUCACCUACGAGAGCGGCCAGACCACCUUCGUGCCCACCGGGGAGGACAGUGACGUGUACCCCUACCUGCUGGUCAACAUCGGCAGCGGCGUGUCCAUGGUCAAGGUCAGCGGCUACGGCAGCUUUGAGCGCGUGAGCGGCAGCAGCAUCGGCGGCGGCACGUUCUGGGGCCUGUGCCAGCUGCUGACUCAGCGCAGCAACUUCGACGAGAUGCUGGAGCUCAGCAUGUGCGGCGACAACGCCAGCGUGGACAUGCUGGUUGGCGACAUCUACGGCGGCCGUGACUACACAGCCAUAGGGCUCAGCGCCACAACCAUUGCCAGCAGCUUCGGCAAGGUUGUGUCGCAGGACAAGCAGCUGUCGGACUACAACCCGGCCGACAUGUGUCUGGCGCUAUGCCGCAUGGUGGCCUACAACAUAGGCCAGCUGGCGCACAUGACCGCCACCCGCCACGGCAUCAAGCGCAUCUUCUUCGGCGGCUACUUCAUCCGCGGCCACCCCUACACCAUGGACACAAUCAGCUACGCCAUCCGCUUCUGGAGCAAGGGCGAGAUGGCUGCCAUGUUCCUGCGGCACGAGGGCUUUCUGGGCGCGGUGGGCGCCUUCCUCACAGUGCACCCCAUGGCGGGCGUGGGAGGCGCCGGCGGCCGCAGCGGCGCGGCGGGCGAGAGCUCGGACGCACAGGCGCGCAAGGUCCGUGCCCGCUUCGUGGAGCGCUUCUCCAUGGGCGCCCCGCUCACCGGCGGCGCCGUGGUGGGGCCUGCAAUACGGGACGUCAGCGAGAAGGUCAGCUGGGUGGAGAAGUUUGUGGCGGCGGCCUCGGGCGUCGCGGGGGGAGGAGCGGCAGCAGCAGCAGCAGCAGCGCCCUCAGGGGUCACGGGAGGAGGAGCGGCGACACCAGCAGCAGCAGCAGCAGUAGCGGGAGGGGGUGCGGCAGGCGGCGACGCAGGGGCAGCGGGGGCGGGCGAGGCGGCGGCGGAGGGCGCGGCAUUGGAAGCCGGGCAGUCAGGGGCGCUUGAGCCGGCGGGAAGUGUCAGUGGCGCACCAGCGGCCGCGCCAGCGGCGGCGGCUGCAGCCACCAGCGCCGCAGUGGCGGCGGUGUCUCGGACCAUGUCGCUGUCCGACCAGCCGCUGACGUCACCGCACCCGUACGGCGGCGGCGGCGGGGGCGGCGGCGGCGGCGGCGGGGGCUCGCGGGCGGCGCCGCCGCGCAUGUCUCUGCAUGUGGGGGUGCUGCACUUCUCGCCCACGCUGGAGCCCUUCCCGCUGCUGGCUGACAUCGCCUCCUACGAGCCCAACACGCUGGACAUCACCGGCGACGAGGACGAGUGCCGCUGGUGGCUGGGCGUGCUGCGGCAGCAGAUACCCGUGGUGGUGGAGAAGGCGGCGGCCAGCGAGGGCGGAGGGGAGCUGCCCAGGAGGCGGGCGGCGGCGUUCGGCAGGGCGUUUGGCGCACAUCUGGACAAGCUGCAGGCUGAGCCGGGCAGCUACGGCGCACUGGGGCUGGGGGAGCUGUUUGAGAUGCGGGAGGAGUGCCUGCGGGAGUUCGGGUUCACGGACGUGUACAGGCUGGAGAAGCAGCGCGAGAACGCGGCGGCCCUGGCGGCGCUGCCCGACCUGCUGCGCGAGCUGGACUCGGAGCAGCCGCUGCCUGCCCGGCUGCUGUGCCUGGUGGAGGGCGUGCUAGCAGCCAACAUCUUUGACUGGGGCAGCCAGGCGUGCGUGGCACUGUACCGGGACGGAACCAUCCUGGACAUCUACAGAGCGGCGCGGGACCGGCUGGGCAAGCGGCCCUGGGCCCUGGACAACUUCGACGCCUUCGCGGCGCGCAUCAUGUCGGCAGUGGGCGACGGCCCCACGCCGCUGCGGCCGCCCUACCGGCGCGUGAUGAUGUUUGUGGACAACAGCGGCGCCGACAUCGUGCUGGGCAUGCUGCCGUUCGCGCGGGAGCUGCUGCGCCUGGGCUGCGAGGUAGUGCUGGUGGCCAACAGCCUGCCCGCCAUCAACGACAUAACGGCGCCCGAGCUGCGCUCCCUGCUGGCGGCCGCGGCGGAGAGCUGCCCGCUGCUCAAGGCGGCGCGCGAGGCGGCCGUCAAGGUGGAGAUGGCGACGGGGGGCCACGUGCCGCCCUACCCCGGCCUGCGCCCCGCCCGCCGCUCCAGCCCCAACCUCCUCCACCUACACCAGCAGCACCACCACCACCACCAACACCACCAACACCAGCAGGCGGCUGCAGCAGCGGCCGCCGCGGGCGGCCGCGCCAGCCACGAACGCUGCGCGGCCGCGGCCGCAUCCCCCUCCACCUCUGGACAGGAGCACCCAGCAACGCAGGUGCCUGCCGCGGUGGACGCGGCCCCCGCCUCUCCGCCAAGCGCCUCCGCCUCCGUGCCUGUUUCAGCAGCCGCAGCCCCCCAACCAGCAGCCGAUGCAGUCGGCUCUGGGCCCGGGCAGGGGCCGGCGGCAGGGCCUGGGCCAGGGUCCGCAACAGCAGCAGCAGCGGCGGCCCAAUCAGGCUCGGCGGGUCAGGCGGCGGGUCAGGCGGCAGCAGCAGGUGGCGGCCGCGGCGGCCAAGGGGGCCCACUGGGGGGUAGCUCGCCGCGGUGGCAUGCGGCCGCUGUGGACCCCGCUGUGAACCGGCCCGGGCCCAAGCUGUAUGUGGUGGCCAACGGGCAGGGCAGCCCCUGCCUGGACCUGAGGCGCAUACCUGACAAGCUGGCGGAGGCGUGUGUGGGUGUGGACCUGUUGGUGCUGGAGGGCAUGGGUCGCGCCGUGCACACCAACUUCAAGGCCCGCUUCACCUGCGACGUCCUCAAACUGGCCAUGAUCAAGACCGAGCGACUGGCGCAAAAGCUGUUCGGGGGCAACCUGUACGACUGCGUGUGUGUGUUUGACACGGGCGUGGCGCCGGGGCCCGGGCCGGUCAGCCCCGACCCCACCGCCGCUUAGGUUGGGCGGGGGGUUGGGGAUUAACUUUGAACCCAUCCCGGGGGGUUGGGGAGCAGAUGGAGGGGGCAUGCAUGGGGCAAGGUGCCAGGUGUGGCUUGGGAGCUGAAAGAGUUUGGCUGGUCGGUCAAAUUGAGGCUGGGGUUGAUUGCGACGUCGUGUGUGCGUUUGGAUGUUGGUGAGUGGUCAUGAUGUGGCAGUAGCUCCGGUUGAGUUGAAUGGACGGGUGGGGGUGGGGGCGGAGAAACGCUGUACGGCGCUCAGCGCUGUUAGCGUACGUGCGGAAUUUGGAUGGCAUACGUGCUGGCCUGCUUUGCCAGCUACGCUGCCCGACUUCACCGUGCAUCGUACAUGCAUGAGAUAGGGACAGAUGUUUGUUACGCUACAGCUCUCGCUCCCUGCCUCCUGUAGUCACAAUACUGUGGCUGACUGCUGCAACAAACACGCUUUCCCG